AUGUCACUCAAAGCAGAGCUUACCACCUGGUCUAAAGCAAUCUCAUCAUACGAAGCGGGCGAUUACGAAGAGGCGAUCUCAGAGUUCAGCAAGAUAUCAGAUACGUCCAAGAUUUGCUGGAACAUUGGGAUCGUCCUGGCCACGCUUGGUAAACACCAAGAAGCGGUUGAAGAAUUCGGGAGAGCAGUGGAGUUGGAUUGUUACUUUGCUAUUGGAUAUCAGCAGAAGGGAGUCAGCAAUUUUAUGCUGGGUAAUUGUCAAGAUGCGUUGAAAGAUUUUGAAGACGCUCUUUUAUAUUUGAGGGGUAAUCAAACCAUUAACUACGAACAACUCGGUCUGGACUUCCGCUUAUACUCCUGCGAAGUUCUCUUCAAUUGCGGAUUAUCCAAAAUAUACUUGGGUCAGAUGGAAAGUGGUUUAUCCGAUUUACGAAAUGCUCAAAGUCAGAAGAUGAUCAAGGAACAUGAUGUGAUUGAUGAUGCUAUCAGAGACGGAGGAAGGGAUUACAAUGUGUUUUCUGUACCUGUCGGUGUACUGUUCAAGCCUUCGCAAAAGAAGUUAAAGAACCUAGCUAGUCGAGAUUACAUGGGUAAAGCUAUCCUCGUCGCAGCCACCGACGUCAAUGACGCCUACACCACCUUUACAGGUAUAACACGUCUUCAGCGUGGCCAAACUCCCUCCGGUGCACCUUUGGAUGCUUCACACCCUCUGGGCCGGUCUGCGUCUGACUCAGCGAUCCCGCAAGAUACCGGUACGACCCGAAUGACAAGGAGCAACACCGUCGGAAUCAGUCCAAAUUCGUCCCAUCGUUCGGCAGACCCAACUUUGAAUCGACAUUCAAGGAGUAAUACGAUGGACAACGAACUUCCUUUGGCUACCCCUGCAUUGAACAGAUCAAUCACUAGUGCUACCAGACCAGCAGUAAAAAUCACCACCGAGUUCACACAAAGGGAAAAUCAACCUUUAUCAGCACCUGAACGUCAAUUGUCUAAUAGCUUCGAUACAAACCUGGCAAUGUUGCCUAAAUCAUCUACCGCCGGACCAGGAGAACCGCCAUUGAGAUUGGGUGCAGGUGAAUCACCUUACCUCCAAACGCCUCAACUCAAUCCUAGAUCCAAUAUCAAGUCUUCAGCGGUCACUGAGCUUUACGAUGAAUACUAUCAAUCUAUCCAGGAAUCGCCGGAGGAAGAUGGUAUAGUCAUACCCGAUAAUCUUCCUCCAAUUGGAGGUGCUAAGAGAAUCGAAGCUUGGUCCAAUAGAACUCCUCUGGGUGCUAGUCCCAGUAUCGCUCUGUCCAGAAAGGGAAGUGCAACUGCUUCUACGACGAUCGGGCAAAAUAUGAUGAAUAAUCAGAAGAGAUUACAACCUCAAACUCAACUACCACCUAUUUCAUUUGGUAGUAGGUCGCCUGGUGGAGGUGGUGGGUCUAUACCCCUGACGAGGACGUUGUCGGCUGCUACGAGUAAUAGAGAAUCGAAUUAUGAGGUAGGCAGUGAGAAUGGUAGUUUCUACGAUAUGAUGAAGAUACGGGUCAAGGUAAACUACGGUGCCCAUAAACGAGGAAUGUCCAUCCUUCCUUCACACACAUAUGAGAUAUUCAUUAAUUUGCUCAAAGACAAGUUCCCUGAGUUGGCAGAUCAGCCGCUCGAUGUAAAGUUCAAAGAUGAAGAUGGAGAUAUACUGUCGAUGAGGGACGAAGGUGAUUUCGAAGCUGCCGUGGACGUAGCGAGGAUUUUGGGCGAAGGGAAUGGAAGAGGAGAAGGGAGGUUGGAAAUUUGGGUUGUCUAG